UAUCCCAUCUUUCUCCAGUCAAACGGAGCAGCAGCCAAAGACGCCCGAAAGAUCUUUCUAGGUGGCUUUGAAAGUCAUAAAUAUUCAAGAGUCGCUUAAGAAGAAGACAUAGAGAGAGAUUUUCAUCAAAAAAAAUUUUUAGCAGCUCUGAAAUAUUAAGAAUGGCGGCUUCUUCAAACUUCAUGAAGAGAUGGGUGAGACCUGAGGUGUACCCACUUUUGGUACCAAUGGUUACUGUUGUUGGACUUGUAUCGAUGCAGCUAUUCAGAAACAUCACCACUAAUCCCGAAGUUAGAGUUACCAAAGAGAAUAGAGCUGCAGGAAUUCUUGAAAAUUUUGAAGAGGGAGAGAAAUAUGCAGAACAUGGAUUCAGAAAGUUCAUCCGAGGUCGUCGUCCUGAGAUCAUGCCUGCCCUCAACAACUUCUUUACUGAUCCUAAAUUUUAAGAUGAUGUUUUAGUACCAUUCUUUUCAGUUUCCUGGUGUUCUUGAAAUUUCAUUUUAGAUACUUCAAAAAUUGUCGCGAAUUGUAGUAGGAAUAAAGUACUUGUUCUCGUCAGAGCGAGCAACAUUAUUUGGAUAAACAUUAUUUAGGUGAACAUCAUUGCAGAAUUGUUGCUGUUACACAAAUUCAUUGAAUAAAAGUAGUCUUAUAGGACCUGUAAGAUUUUUCGUGUUG